AUGCACCUCCUCAACCCGCUAUAUUUUGCCGUCUUCAUCGUCCAAGCAACAAACGCUUGCAACCCUACUCGCCGCGACAUUGAAGGCUCAGAUACAUUCGUCAUAGGCAAUGACGGCCCAGCCCCAGCUGCAACCCUUGGGUUCGCGAUCAACCACAUCGGCCUCGUAACAACCCGCCUCGACGAAAUGAAAACCUUCUACAGGGAAGUGCUGGGCAUGCGUCUCCUCUUCGACGCCCACAUCACCCCCGAAUACACAGUAACAUAUCUCGGAUACUCGCAAGGCGGGCGAAACGGAACUGGGUUUCAAAGCGGCGCGGAGCUGGCAGCGGCAAAGAACAAUCUUUGGGGACUGCUGGAGUUGCAGCAGUUCAAUGUCUCGGAUGAUAGACUGAUUGCGUCGACUGAGAGGACUAAUACGUUUGGUCAUGUUGGGCUUGUUGUUCCUGAUACCCUCAAGGCUGAGGAGUGGUUUAGGUCCAAGGAUGUGAAUAUCUUGAAGAGUGUUACUGAGCCUCUGAAGGAUUAUACGGGGCCGGUGCCUAAUGCUUUUGGACUUGGGGAGUUUGCGGGCUUGCAUCUUGCGGCUAAGAAGGCGCUUAUUGAUGCACAGGGUCUCAUUGGGUUGGAUCGUUUCUUGAUGAUUGCUGAUCCGGAUGGUAAUCUGAUCGAGAUUCAACAGCAAGAUGCUUAG